GCUUCCUGCCUCCAUGCCUCUCCAGACUGCACCAGCAUGGCACUGACUACCCACCCCUCCUGCCUCCUGGCACUGUUGGUGGCAGGCCUAGCCCAAGGCAUCAGAGGCUCCCUUAGGGCCCAGGACCUCGGUCCUCAGCCGCUGGAGCUGAAAGAGGCCUUCAAGCUGUUCCAGAUCCAGUUCAACCGGAGUUACUUGAGCCCAGAAGAGCAUGCUCGCCGCCUGGACAUCUUUGCCCACAACCUGGCCCAGGCUCAGCGGCUGCAGGAGGAGGACUUGGGCACAGCUGAGUUUGGGGUGACUCCAUUCAGUGACCUCACAGAGGAGGAGUUUGGCCAGCUCUACGGGUAUCGGAGGGCAGCUGGAAGGGUUCCCGGCAUGGGCAGAGAGAUAGGGUCCGAAGAACCAGAGGAGUCAGUGCCUUUCACCUGUGACUGGCGGAAGGUGGCCGGUGCCAUCUCACCCAUCAAGGACCAGAAAAACUGCAACUGCUGCUGGGCCAUGGCAGCGGCAGGCAACAUAGAGGCCCUGUGGCGCGUCAAUUUCUGGGAUUUCGUGGAUGUCUCCGUGCAGGAACUGCUGGACUGUGGUCGCUGUGGGGAUGGCUGCCGUGGUGGCUUCGUCUGGGACGCGUUCAUAACUGUUCUCAACAACAGCGGCCUGGCCAGUGAAAAGGACUACCCGUUCCAGGGCAAAGUCAGAGCCCAAGGGUGCCACGCCAAGAAGUACCACAAGGUGGCCUGGAUCCAGGACUUCAUCAUGCUGCAGAACAGCGAGCACAGAAUUGCCCAGUACCUGGCCACUUACGGCCCCAUCACCGUGACCAUCAACAUGAAGCCCCUGCAGCUAUACCGGAAAGGUGUGAUCAAGGCCACACCCACCACCUGUGACCCCCAGCUUGUGGACCACUCUGUCCUGCUGGUGGGUUUUGGCAGCCUCAAGUCAGAGGGGAUAUGGGCAGAGACAGUCUCAUCACAGUCUCAGCCUCAGCCUCCACACCCCACCCCAUACUGGAUCCUGAAGAACUCCUGGGGCGCCCAGUGGGGAGAGAAGGUGAGUGUGAUCUACUGGGGGAGGGGCAAGGCAGAACAGGCCUCUUCCCACCUUCCCACCCCUGUGUCCCCUAACCUCCUAGGGCUACUUCCGGCUGCACCGAGGGAGCAAUACCUGUGGCAUCACCAGGUUCCCGCUCACUGCCCGUGUGCAGAAACCGGAUGUGAAGCCCCGAGUCUCCUGCCCUCCCUGAACCCACCUGGCCCCCUCAGCUCUGUCCUGUUAGGCCAGCUGCCUCCUCGCCAGCCCUACCCCCAGGUUUUUGCUCAUCUUCCCAAUCUCAAUACAGCCUGAAUAAACCAAGACAAGACCUCU